CCCAAACAAUAUGCUACCUGUCACUUAUGUGUCAAGCAGAUGAGUCAUGGCCUGGGGGUCACCAUGGGUACCACUGUCCUGUCAAAGCAUCUGAAAAAGCACUGGCAGAGAGGAGUUAGAUUAAGGUGGCCACACUCCCAUGGGUCAGCAUCAGGACCAUGCCUCUGGCUUCCUAUAAAUAUAGAGGGUGAUUGGGGCAAGCUCCUGGAGCAGGUAGAUGUCCUAGCUUUAUGGGCCAGUGAGAAGGAAAAAGAAGUGCUAAGGUCAGAGAGGGCCAUAGCAUGGUGGGAGAAGAGUGGGGGAGGAAAGGGACAAGCACAGGAGGGGGGAAGAGCUGUCCUGGAGAUGAAGAAGGAAAGAGCUAAGAAGGAGGUCAGGAUGCACCAGUCAGAAGACUUUGGUUUCAGUAGAGUGGAAGAUUCGAGUGGAAUGUGUGUUCCUGAGCUGCUCACCCUCAGAGAAGCAGAGGCUCUGCUAGAGGACCAAGGCAUUUGUUUCCAUUCUGCUCAUCAUCCAAGACAGGAUACAGAGGUUAUUCUCUGUGAUCCGAUGAUGGGAAGACUCAGCCUUCCACCUGAGCUCUCUGCACCUUUACACUGA